GUUUUCAGAGCCCGCGCUCGUUACAGCGGCAGGUCGGAGACGCGCAAGCAUUGCACACGCGCUGAGAGCGGGAUCGACGCGCACGACAACAGCUCGCGGACCGUUUAUUGAGCCCUUUUCUGUUCAAGAGCCUCUUAUAAGAAUCAACAGCGGGAUAAUUUCAGCACAGAUCCCAGCAGAGAGUAACCGUGGAAGAUGGGUUCAGUACCGGCCGUAUCUGUGCUCAUUCUGGCCAUUGCUGUUCCGAGUCUAGCCGGGUACAUUGAGGCAUUGGCAGCAAAUGCAGGUACCGGAUUUGCCGUUGCAGAGCCACAGGUUGCCAUGUUUUGCGGCAAGCUCAACAUGCACAUUAACAUCCAGACUGGCCGCUGGGAGCCAGACCCUUCCGGAUCCAAAACCUGUGUCGGAACCAAAGAAGGAGUGCUGCAAUACUGUCAAGAGAUGUAUCCUGAUCUGCAAAUCACAAAUGUGGUGGAAGCCAACCAGCCAGUCAAGAUCGAGAACUGGUGCAAGAAGGACAAGAAACAGUGCAAGGGCCAUGCUCACAUUGUGGUCCCUUACAAGUGCUUGGUUGGGGAAUUUGUGAGCGACGUCCUACUGGUGCCAGAGAAGUGUAAAUUCUUCCAUAAGGAGCGUAUGGACAUGUGCGUGAGUCAUCAGCAGUGGCAUGGCGUGGCCAAAGAGGCCUGCUCUAAGGGGGACAUGGUCCUGCACAGCUAUGGCAUGCUGCUGCCCUGUGGCAUCGAUAAAUUCCACGGCACUGAAUACGUCUGCUGCCCGUCUACUCGUCCUGAGGAGCCCGCACCUCCUGCUUCACCCUCUAAAGAGCUUGAUGAUGAGGAUGAAGAAGAAGAUGAGGAGGUGGAGGAGCCUGUCGUCGAGGAUGAGGAUGAUGAAGAGGAUGAGGUGGUAGAGGAGAGUGAUCCUGUUGCCAAUGAGCCACCCACUCCAGAGGACACAGCUGAAGAGGAGGAGGAGGAGGAGGAGGAGGAGGAGGAGCAGGAGGACGACGGAGACGAGGAGGACUACCACUAUGUGUAUGAGGAUGAAGACGAUGACCGAGACAGUGAGGAAAAGGACAUGAAAAAAGACAAAGCUGCCAUCCCUGAGAGCCAGGAUGUUGACAAAACUCUGCAGGAAGUGGAAGCUGUGUGUUCUCUGGAGGCGGAGACCGGCCCCUGCCGCGCCUCUAUGCCUCGCUGGCACUUCGACAUGCAGCAGAGGAAAUGUGUGCGCUUCGUCUACGGAGGCUGUGCCGGCAACCGCAACAAUUUCGACUCCGAGGAAUACUGCAUGGCUGUUUGUAAACGUUUGACCGUGCCGCCCACCCCUCAACCCACAGAUGAUGUGGAUGUCUACUUUGAGACCCCAGCAGAUGAUAAAGAGCACAGCCGUUUCCAGAAGGCCAAGGAGCAACUUGAGAUCAGACACCGCAACCGCAUGGAGAGGGUGAGGAAGGAGUGGGAGGAGGCUGAGAGCCAGGCCAGGAACCUACCCAAAACUGAGAGACAGACACUGAUCCAGCACUUCCAGGCUAUGGUGGAGUCCUUGGAGGAGGAGGCAGCCAGUGAGAAACAGCAGCUGGUGGAGACUCAUCUUGCCCGGGUGGAGGCCAUGCUGAACGAUCGCCGCCGUCUUGCCCUGGAGAACUACCUAGCCGCUCUACAGGCUGAUCCACCAAGGCCCCACCGUAUCCUGCAGGCUCUGAAGAGGUAUGUGCGUGCCGAGAAUAAGGAUCGUCAGCACACCAUCCGUCACUACCAGCACGUCCUGGCCGUAGACCCUGAGAAGGCCGCCCAAAUGAAGUCCCAAGUGAUGACCCACCUGCGGGUGAUCGAGGAGAGGAUGAACCAGAGCCUGUCCCUGCUCUAUAAGGUGCCCUACGUCGCAGAGGAGAUUCAGGAUGAGAUUGAUGAACUUCUGCAGGAUCAAAAGGCAGAUAUGGACCAGUUCCUGUCCUCCAUCUCUGAAUCACAGCCUGAUGUUACUGUGUCCUCUGAGGAGAGUGUGGAGGUUCCUGCCUUUGAAGGAAAGCCUUUCCGCCCCUUCCAGGUCAACUCUCUGGGCUCCCCCGCUGAACCCGAGGGCGAUCUCUCUGAACCCCCUCGUGCCUUCAAGAAAGGCUCUGGCAUGAACAGUCUAGAUGGUCUGAUCGGAGCAGAGGAAAAAAUCAUCAACAGCAAGAGCAAGAUCAACGAGAAUGUGGUGAUUGAUGAGACUCUGGAUGUUAAAGAAGUGAUUUUGAAUGGUGUUGAUCCUCUGUUCAGCCGCGGAUCAGAGCAGGAGACGUUCCGCCCCCUGGUGGAUGACUUCAGCUUCGGGAGCAGCGCUCUGAUUGGCCUGCUGGUGAUUGCGGUGGCCAUAGCGACCGUGAUUGUGAUCAGUCUGGUGCUGCUGAGGAAGAGGCAGUACGGCACGAUCAGUCACGGCAUUGUGGAGGUCGAUCCUAUGCUAACUCCAGAAGAACGUCACCUGAGCAAGAUGCAGAACCACGGCUACGAAAACCCCACUUACAAAUACCUGGAGCAGAUGCAGAUUUAGCCUUCAUUGGGGCGCUGUGGAGCUAGAGAGGGGUGAACAUACUACUGACCAAUUAUAAAACUGCUCUCAAAUCAUUUCAUGCAUUUGAAAUGCAUAUUCUGGUUCAUUUAAAGAAAACAAAAAAACAAUGGUUUAUUAAUACUACUACUUCUAAUACUGCUACUGUUGUACCACGGAGCGCAAUUUUAUGCUCUUGUAAUUUUUUUUUUUUAUUAUUAUUAUUAUUUUAAAGUCAACCGUUUUAAAUCAGGAGAACGUGAUUCUGCAAAUUAGCCUGGAAUUGAUUUUUCCGUAAUUGAAAUCGGAACGUAUUGUAAUGUUAUUUUCAAUGUUAAUUUUAUAAAGAUCCAGUUCAGAUCUAGUCUAUAGAGGUACAGCAAAGCCGAAAACAAUCAAUACGAGACAGCAGUUUGUCUACACCAUCGCUGGCCGCCGGAUAUACUUCUUUUAAAUAGAUCGCUUGUAUAUGAAGGUUAUUUGUAAUGACUUAAAUGUAUAGUGAAUCAGAAAAUAUGAAAAGAAAAUCAUUAAUUCAUUUACUUUGUAAUUAUUAAAAACACACAAUAUACAUGAAUAGAAAAAGUAGAUGGUAAAUUUUUAUUCAUAGUCAUUUUAUUUUGUUUUUUUCUCCAGAGCUUAAAUCUUGGCUGGGUUACAGGUUUAAACUUUGAGAUUUAAGGACUGAUGUUUCCGGUCCAAACAUCUGAUACCAUCGCCUGUGUAAGAUACGAUGAAUGGUUCGAGCUGAAUGGCGUGACGGCCUGCCAGAUAUUUUGGCUGAUUGUGAAUGUAGAGGUGCCCCGAUUUCAGUAACAUUACUAUGUCAUUUGUUUUUAUCUUUUGGUUAUGGUGUCAUAUACUUGGACCAAUAAACGGUGCGGCCCCCCCUGCACGCGAUCGGUGCGAAUUUAGUUGGAAGGGCCACAAGGUUAGGGGCCUCCAGUCUCCCAUAUCACGCUAAAAUGUCUCUAUACUCGGAAUGAAUGUUCUUUUUCAAGCAGUUACGUGCACACACUCCAACUCUCCCUUUUUAUAGGAAAUCUGGCCUGAUAAAAUGACACUGUAUUUUUAUUUCGUAGCUGCCUAAUGAGAACUGCCAUGAAAAGUUUUAUCGUACGGCAGUACUUUGCACACAUUGCUUAAAUCAAAGAGAGCAUAAGGUCGACUCUAAUUAAAUGCUACGAUAUAUAUAUAUAUGUGAGUUUAUAGCAUAAGUCCCACAAGGACAUACCCUUGAUAAAACGCACUAAAGUUACCCAGCUGGAGGCCAAGGCAAGUGCAAGAAAUGUUUUGCAUGUCCACUACGAUGCAAGGCAAGGAAAAAAUUGAGUCAAAUAAUUUUUUUAUUUUUUUCUCUCUCUUUCUCUUCCCCUUCUUAGCAAUGUCUUUGUAUGCCUGUAUAGUUGAUGUUGCAAUCAUGGCUUUUAUCAAGGACAACCUGUGGUGUGCAUUGUUCUUAUAUGAGAUGUUAUGAUAUAUAUUUUUAAGUUUGUUCUCUUAUUUUCUAUUUUUUUCCCUCUUCCUGUGACAGUAUUUCUGUAUGUGACUUUCACUAUGCACCUAAAUGGCUCCAAUCUUGGACCUUGUCAUUGCCUGCUUGAUUGUGGAAAUGGUCAUGGGGUGAGGGGAAAAUAAUACAAAGUUCAUAUAUUAGAAGUAAAAUAUGGUUGAAUCUAGUGAAAAAUGGCUUCUUGGUUACAGGUGGGAAACACAUCAAUAAAUUCACUACUUCCA